AGUAACCUCCCUUACGCAAUAGUACGAAGGGGUGUGCGAGGUGAUGUUGAUUGGAGCUGUUGAACAACAGAUCGGGAAUUUUAAUUAGAAGCAAAAAUCAUGAGUAUCCGACAUCUGUGGAUUAUUCAGCUACCAACUUCUCAGAAUAAGUCUGCGAAAGUUCUACUUAGCAGAAGAUAUCCUACUGUUGAAAAGAAGGCAAAGUUAUGUGGAGGUGACAAGUAUGUAAGGGUCCUGCCAGAUCCACAAAUGGCAAGGCUUCUGCUGCAGGAGGUCAGCUGUGGACCAUCUGAUAGGAAGUUUGUUGCAGAAAGGGAUAGCUGCAGGGAGUGUGUACAAAAACCUAUCUUCAAAUUGAGAACAGAUGAAGGGGAUCUCUGGCCAUUAAUUGUGUUACAACAGAGUGACUUUCUGCUGUGCUGUCUUUGUCUGGAUGAGAAAAGUAACAGAAAAGAGAGAGAACUAACAAGCAUACCUUCUGUGUCACUUGGAUUUUCUCUGUUGUGUGCUGUGGCUGAGAUGUUGAGGGUUCCAAGUCAAGAGGUGGCAACUCGUCUGAUGGAACUCCCAUUGUUUCUUAAUGAGGCAGCACCAUUUGGGUCUGUGAGAGACGGAUGUGCAGAGUCUGUACUGGCUAAAAUGACAAACAGACCAAUAACUCUUCCUAAGAAUGAGAAACAAGCAGCCUGGAAGCCAGGUGUUCACCGAGGAAAAAGUAGCAUUCACUUGAAUAUCACAGAGUACAUCCGAGCAUCACAGUGUGACCAGGAAGAGAUGAGAGACACAGUAGAGGUUUAUGGAUGUGUGACAUGUCGAGCAGAACUGGAGGGAGUGUCAUCAAACAUCAUUGUGAACUUAAGCCAUGCUGCCAGACAGGCAGCAGUUCCCCUUGACCAACUGACCGUCCACCCUUGUGUUUUGAGUGCUGACACUGCUAUUCUGUCAGCUCGUGACAUGUUGCCUCAGCCACGCCGAAUCAGGUUCUCGCCUCCUGCAGAAACGUUCACACUGUGUCACUAUUCAGCUCGGCGACUGCAAGAACUGCCAUUAUUUGGAUCCUACAACAUGAAGAUGGAAAAAGAUCGGCUACAAAUAUCUGUUCUGUUGAAGCUGAGCGAUCAGAUGCAGAAUUCUUUCGAGUACUGUGAACUACAGAUCCCUUUAUAUUCAAGCCCACCAAUUUCAAAUGUGGAAUCAGCACCUUCACAGGGUACAGUGGCUCUUUCACCAGACAGGAAGAUUUUAGCGUGGAACAUAGGGCAAAAGUUUCCAGCAAAAACGUUAUCUGUUUCCAUGACAGCAACAGUGAACCUAAUGGAAGGCAAGCCAUGUGUGACAGCUACCUCUGCAGAAGAUCAAUUUUGCGUGGGGCACAACUCAUACUGUCAGGUCUACUUCCAAGUGCUGGAUUUUACUCACACAGGCUGUAUGGUAGACUCACGGUCAGUACAAAUUUCACCAUCAACCAAGUUCAAGUUGACGACAGGGCGGGAGUACAAGUCAACAGACUACAAAAUCUGGAAUUCAUUUGGUGAAGCAUUGACAGUCAAAUGAGUGUAUAUACAAGGAUCAGUAAGUCUUGUUCCUUGUCAGUGCAUGAAGGGUGCAAGACCCAAAAUGCUUGAGAA